UUAUGUUUUACGGCAGCUGUGUUUAGACCCUCGUGGACUUGUGCGCUUACACUCUCUAUUAGGAUGGCGAAAAGUUUACGCAGCAAGUGGAAGAGGAAGAUGAGGGCAGAGAAGAGAAAGAAAAAUGCCCCUAAAGAGCUGGCGAGACUCAAAGCAGUGCUGGGCCAGGGGGAGAAAGGCGAGAUCACCAUGAAAGAUGUAGCUGAGGUUGCCACCGUAGUGCCAGCUGAGAAAGUGAAAGAGAAGCAUCAAGAUGAUGGGGAUGCUGGAAAGAUGGAUUUGGACAUUAAGCGUAAUAAAAAGUCAAUGCUGGAUGAUCAAGGGCGGUAUCCUGUCUGGAUGAGUCAAAGGCAGGCAAAGAAGGUGAAAGCCAAACGUAUGACUAAAAAGGGAAAACCUAACAGUAAGAAGAAAGGGAUUGCAUGGUAGAUGAAUGGAUUUCCCUGUGUAUGGCCUCCAUUCCUGUAAUAGUUGUAAAGGAGCCUUGCUGUGCAUCGUUUGGAUGUGCAAAUUGGAAAUGUCCAUGAUUUCCAACUGAUUUUGCAGACAAAUACUUUGCAGAGUUUGCUGUUGUCAAAUGUAAUGACGAUCUAGUAGGCACUGUUUAUGGCUUAUCAUUGAGAACGCGAGAUGUGAUCAGACUGGGAUUUGUUGAAUGAAGAGCAUAUUUAAAGAUCUUUAAUCUGCUGGAUAAUAUGGGGGAAGAGUGUCUAUUUAUAUACUCUUUAAGUACACUGGAUUCAGCAUGCUACCUGUCUGACUCUUUCAAUAAAAUAAAAAGUCUGUCUCUCUAAGGCUAAACAGGCUGGAGACUUUUAUUAUGAUUACUAUUAUUUUUCUUUUUCACUUAUUGGGUCUGCUUAAUUUUUAAAUGGUAAAGUAUUAAGUGUUUUUCUAUGCAGACAGAAUGAUUAUGGAUGUGCAUAAGUUUUUAUCUUAAUAAAUCCAAUAUAUGUC